AAGACAGUUGUGUAAACAAAUCUACCAAAAUUCCGGUUUCGUGUUGUCUCAAAGUUUCGAUUUAGCCAUUUGUUCAAAAGACGAAAAAAUAUGAAAUAAACAGUGAUUUACAAUUGAUAAGUUCUACAGUAAUCGAACAGUGCUGUGUGGAACCGUCAAGUCCUUCCGAAAAAAGCUAAAUGACGCCAAAGAGUAAGCCGCAAUCGCUGGCCGUUGAUUGCUUCUGCUGUCUCCGGCCGUUGGCGAAAUGCAUACCGAUUAGCCAGAAAGUAAGCGACACCAGCAGUGCCUCCGAGCUGCUGACCAAGCACUUCUGGUUCCAGCCGAGCGAUGUCCGUUCUGAUGAACCUGCCCUAUGUGGAACGUGUUGGAAUCAGCUGAACGAAUUCCAUCGGUUUUAUCUGGUGGUGGAGCUGGUGCAUAAGGCACUGAAAGCACAACAAUCGCUGCCAGUGAUUGAGCAACCGAAGAUCGGUGGCGGGUCAAAGGAGUUUGAUGUGGUGGAUACAGAGGAUACCGCAGUAAAGGAAGAGCACAACAGCGCAGAUUUUGCGGAGAUGUCUUACACCGAAUCGGAAACGGAUUCUUCAACCAACGAACUGUUGGCGAAGAGAAGGAAAAGAUGCAUUAUGAGAAGGAGUGCGGAUGAUGUGGCUACAAAGACCACCAAGAAAGCUGAAUCAUCCUCUGUAAGCCAAUCGCAACCAGCUCUCCAAAGACCGACCAUCAGCCGAAAGUUGACGAUCCCGAGGCAAACGAUGAAUCCAAGACCCCUUACAGUCGUCACGAAGCCUGUGGCUUCUAAUUCAGCACUCGGAUCGACUCCACUAGCAACUGGACAGAGCCCUGUCCAGCAGGAACAAGCUCAAAUUGUAACUCCAGCGAGUCCACAUUCUGCAUCAAUCAUGCCAGCUACUCUGUCUGGUCCAGAUAUACAUCAAGCCGUCGAACAAUCUAAAGAAUCUCCGCUCAACGCGUCAGACGAUGAAGGUUUGCUACAGAAUGCCCUAGAAGUGGAACUUGAAACGCAGACUGCAGAGGAGGAGGAGGAGGUCAGCUAUCAGGAGGGAUACAUGGAAAAUUAUAAACAGGAAUCACACAAAUCUUUGGAAAAUAGGAUCAUUCAGGCCAUUUCCAAGAAAAUUCAGCAUGCAAGUAAUCGAACAAUCCAAGCUGUUGCAAGAAAGGUGGACGAAUCUCUUACAAAAUCGGUUGCUGAACUAAAGAGCAACUUCGACUUGAAGAUAGCAUCUGCCCUACGUGUUCGCCGCCAAGACAACAACGACACAUCUGACCUAAAUUUUAAAUUCUCACCUGCAUCAACUGUACUGGAAAUUGAGCAGCUCGAAGCAGCGUUGGCAGAUCCUACAUAUCAAGAUGAGUUUAUCACCUACAUGCGGAAGAUGAUUGGCCCUGCCGGAGACGGUUGCAACGGCCAGAACACGUGCUACGCUUUGGUUGAUCGGUUUUUCCAACGUCGUGUUAUGAUCAGUUGCUCCUGGAGUGGCGGCAGCCGAUCCGAUCGGCCAAAAUAUGCCAUAAAAAAUUGCCAGAACAUUAUGAGUGCUUUCUUCAAAAUCAUUCACGCUGUAAAUCCGACAUUUUCGGUAGGGCUGAUGGAAAGCUUCUUCAAACAGAUUUUGCGGAACGCAAAAACUCGCAGCCAAGCGAAGGGAAUGCGGCAGUCUACGAUCCAUCGACGGAAACGAAUAAAACGUGUUCGUGUGGACAACCAUAACGAUAACCGAGGGGAUGACGAUGUUUUUUUGAACCAGGUACUAAUAAAGCACGAAGCUGUGGAGCUGGAGGAUUUCGAUCAUCUCAACAAUGAUUUCGAAGUGGACAAUGAUGAUAAGGAAAACUCAAUCGAUGACAAUGCUAGUGAAGAUGAGUGAAAGCGGUGUUGAUUUUUGAUCUUGAAACUUUACUAAAAAAGUCUCUGAAAAUGAAUUUCAGAUUUGACUGACUUCUAAGUAUGUUUUAUUUUAAUCGAAUCGAUAUGUAAAUAUGCUAUCAAUGUGCGAAUCCGUAAAUAAAAUAAAGGUAUUAAAGCUAAA